AUGGCUGCCGUUGCUCCCCCUCCUGGGUCCGUCUCGCAGCAGGCGGGCCCCUCAAAUGCCCAGACCAAGCCUGAGCCUGCGGCUGAUGAGAAACCUGCCGCUGCUUCCGAGAAGUCCAGCAGUCAAAAGACGGCCGAAGUCAAGGCGGAGGCUGACGAGAAGAAGGAGGCCGAUGGUGCCAACGACCAAGCCAAGUCACCCUCCCGAGGAAAGUCCGCAGAGGCAGGUGAAGAUCGUGAACGUCCUGGUCUUCGCUCCGGGAACAAGUCCAACUUCGACCUUGAGCCGAACCCAUUCGAACAAUCGUUCUCCCGCGGUUCGCAGUCCGGACCGUCAGGUGGUGGUCCCCCGGCCGAAGGCGAACGCACGACCCCUCCUCGAGGCGGAGAUGCAACCAGCCUCAAGCACAACUCCCUUCCUCCUUUAUCGUCUCUCACGAGUCCUGCGGCUGCUGACCCAUCCCAAUUCCCCUGGUUGGCCGGUCAGUCCCUACGCUCUGGUCCUUUAAGCCCUGCUAUGCUAGCUGGGCCUCAACAAGGCAGUCAAGGACCUACCAACAACGCCAACAACACCAACAACGCCGCUCCUGCCGGCGCCAAUGCAUGGGGACCUGCGGGUAACAACACUGAAGAGAACGCAGCCGGAGAGGAGAACUUCGAGCCAGGCAACUUCCGUACUGGCUUCACUCCCGGAACUGGCACUGGCUUCACCCCAGGCUACAGUGCACUUCUCAACUCCAACUUCCCUAUGCCGAGUCCGAACACUGCUGCAUUCUUAAACAGCAUCACCAACGUCGACUCAGCAAACGACGCCAACGCCAACAACGGAGGCACCGCUCCCGGCAACAACUUUGCGAACGGUGAACCUCGUCAACCUCCUUCCGCCAUCCCUCCCCACCUCCAGCAUCAGCCUCACGGCAUGUCGCACCUGAACCCGGCGCACAACGCCAAUGCCAAUGCUGCCGCUGCUGCCGGCCCCACUGAGCCGACCAUCACUCCCAACACCCUCAGUGCCCUCACUGGUGCCGUUGCUUCCGAGCUUAGCCGGCAGCAGCCGCCUCCGAACGGCAUUCCCAAUGCCUUCUACCCUCCUGGACCUGUGCCUGGCGCGCCAGGCGGGCCCCUCCCCCCUCCCCCGAUGGGUGGCCCCGUCGACUAUGCCCAGCAGAACGCGAAUGCUGCCAGCCAGGCGGCGAACGGACUCUUCCUUCUGUCGCAAGCUCACCAGGAGCUGUCGAAGAGGGAAGAGGAAGCCAAGUCGUCUGGUAACACGCCAGUAAUGAGUAAGCGUAACGUGUCCAACACGGGACCGAAGCCUCAGGCUGGCCAGAAGCGGAAGGACACUGGCGGUAACAAGGGUGGAGCAGCCAAGAAGGGCAAGAAGCAGGACGAGAAGGAGGACAGCAGUACGGAUGGGGAGAAGGACAAGAAGCCGGCGGGCAACCGGAACGAGACGGAGGAGGAGAAGCGGCGCAACUUCCUGGAGCGCAACCGACAGGCUGCGCUCAAGUGCCGACAGCGCAAGAAGGCGUGGCUGAAUGAGCUGCAGAACAAGGUUGAGACUCUCAGUGUCGAGAACGAGCGUCUGCAGGGCCACUGCCGCCAGCUCGAGGACGAGCUGCAGCGCAUGUCGUCUAUCCUCGUUCAGCACCGCGACUGCGGCGUCGGUAUGCCCCAAAUGGCCCCGGCGUACGGCCGUCCGCUGCGUUGA